AUGGCAAUCCUGUUUGCUGUGGUGGCUCGUGGAACCACCAUCCUGGCAAAACAUGCCUGGUGUGGUGGAAACUUCCUGGAAGUGACUGAACAGAUUUUAGCCAAAAUCCCAUCAGAAAAUAAUAAAUUGACCUACAGCCACGGCAGCUAUCUGUUUCAUUACAUCUGCCAUGACAGAAUCAUAUACCUGUGUAUCACUGAUGAUGACUUUGAGAGGUCGCGCGCGUUCAGCUUCCUCAGUGAAGUCAAGAAGCGCUUCCAGACAACGUACGGGUCAAGAGCACAAACAGCCCUGCCUUAUGCCAUGAACAGUGAGUUCUCCUCAACACUGGCAGCUCAGAUGAAACACCACUCAGACCCACGUGGAACAGAUCGUGUAACUGACACACAGAUGCAAGUGGAUGAUUUGAAGGGCAUCAUGGUCCGCAACAUAGACUUGGUCGCUCAGAGGGGAGAGAAGCUGGAGUUGCUGAUCGACAAGACAGAAAAUCUGGUUGACUCAUCGGUCACAUUCAAGACCACUAGUCGUAACCUGGCACGUGCCAUGUGUAUGAAGAACCUCAAGCUUACUGUUGUCAUCGUGCUGGUGUGCCUGGUGGUCCUCUACAUUAUCGUUUCUGCUGCCUGUGGAGGCCUCAGCUGGCCCUCUUGUGUCAAAUGAGAGCAGAAGUGGGGAUAACAGAAGGAGAUGAGGACGAGGGGGAGAAGCGCCUGUUCAACUCCGCCUGCCAAUGGAUACAAAAGGAACCACAACUUUCCUUCCUUUACUCCUACAGCUUCAACAUCCCCAGGAGCCACAUGCUGAUCCUCCUCCUCCUGCCUCCUUCAUUGCUCUUCUCUUCGAUAGUGUGCACAUUGACCUGCAUUCUGGACAGGGAGUCCCACCUCACACCUGCAAUAAUGGACAGCAGCCAUGUGGCCUAAAACUGAUGUGGAACAAUGAUCUUGUCUUAUACUAAUCUGGUUGAUUCUUCAUGUGUCAUGCACAUAGUGGCCUGAUGUAUCAGUUUGUGAUACUGUCCUGCACCGAUCUACAUUAUUAACCCAUUCAGACUGAUACCUGGAAUGAGCCACAAAAAAUAGCAAAGAUUGAUUUGUUAUUGUUCUGCUUUUCCUUUGUUAUCAACCAACAUCUAUGAAAGCUAAUUUUUGACAAAACUGAUGCAGUAUACAGUUUGUCUGAAGUGGCAUGUGGCUCGUGAAACAGAUUUUCUGAUUUCUGUCAUGAUUUAUCAACAAGCACAGUAGUAUAUUCUGAAAUGGAUGUUGUAAAAUACCAGAUAUGAUCAUACAAAUAAAUAUUGUAAAUAUGAUUGACAUCCUUGA